UGAAGAUCCCACCUUAGCCCGAACUCCGAAGCCUAGGAACUAGGAAGACCCAUCAGCCCAUUGUACGUGCACUCUACCAUAUCUUCCACCCUAAACCCUCCUCGGCCGCCAUAGAUGAAGAAGGAAUUUACUCCCCGAAAGAUGACGACAGUAUUCCCGCAAGAGCUCAUCACCGAAAUACUUUCCCUACUACAAGUCAAGACGCUGGUGCGUUUCCAGUGCGUUUCAAAGCCAUGGUUUGCCCUAAUCAACGACCCAAAUUUCGUCAAGAUGCACCUCAGGCGCUCCAUCGAGACCAACAGAGAACGCACUCUCAUUGCUGAGAAGACAAGGACGGGCAAUCCGCCGCAUAGUUACUACUUGGUAAAGUUUUCCGACGAGGAUCGGUGCAGCGAGGCCGUGAAGAUUUUCCGGCCAUUCUACCAUCCAACAAAAGCAGUCACUAGAAUUGUAGGUUGUUGCGACGGCCUGGUUUGCAUCCACAGCUAUCCCGUGGAUUGGAACACAUCCAUCACGAACAGCAAUCUUAACGAGACUGUGAUUUGGAACCCAUUAAUCAGAAAAUACAGGAAGUUACCCUUUAAGCCGAUUGAAAAUUCUGAUUAUAAAUUAGAAUUAGCAUUUGGAUACGACCAGGUCAACGACGACUACAAGGUUUUAAGGAUUGUGAAGCUCCGUCCAUCGUCUCCCACCCAGGUUCCAAAGGUCGCUGAAGUUGGUCAUCAUGUAUAUAGCCUUAGAGGACAUUCUUGGACAAGGGUAGAAGACGAAUGGCCUGACACAGACUCCUAUGGGUGUAUUAUAUCGGGCCCAGCUUCCUCAAACGGUGCUUUGCAUUGGGUGGUUGGUGGGAUGGAGAUAUUACCACCAAGUACCAUUGUCGCAUUCGAUCUCAGCACUGAGAAAUUCCGAGUGCAUGCGCUUCCGACUAAAUCGUUUGGCACUUUCCAAUUCAAUAUCUGUUUGGAGGUCUUGAGAGGAUGGCUCUGUGUUUGUGAGGAUAAUUUUGGACGAUUUAGUGACGUAUGGGUGAUGAAGGAGUACGGGAGUUGGACACUGCUCUAUACGUUGUGGCAGACUCCUUUCUACUGCAAGCCUUUAGUCCUCUCAAAUGACAGCAAAGAGGUUUUGAUGAAGGAGUAUGAUGGGAAACUCUUUUGGUAUGACAUAAAAAAGAAGACACGCAGCAUUGUUAAGAUUCAAGAGGAGCUCGAUAACUUUCGGAAAUUCACUCUUGUUGCGGGAAGCCUCCUUCUUCUUGAUGGGGAGCGUGACCAUUGAGUUCAAUGCACAUGUGUUCCUAUAUCUUUUUUUGAUUAUGUAUUUUCCUUUACGCAUAUGAGAGAAGCAUGAGCUUUUUCUAUCUUUGGUUGCAAUUAUUUUGCAUCUGGGUUUAAUGGGUGUGUAUUUAUGAUUGUACAUGUUUUUCUUGUUUGUAGGGCUUUUGUACAUGCUUAUAUAUAUAUAUAUAUAUAUAUAUCCUUUUUGUUUAGAGUCAAUCAGAUCUUGUUUCAGCUAUAUGUUGGAUUCGCACAAUAUUGUUUUGUGGAGUUUUCUACGUAUAUGACCCUAUUGAGUCAGAUCUCGUCCUCUCCAUCGAGGAGUUCCAGGAGAUCCAAGACAAGCUCGAAAAGUGUUCUAGAUCAAUGAGGAGGCCAGUGAUAAGGUCCUGGAAGUGGAGCAGAAGUAUGAUGACUCAGGCCUGUUUAUGAUCAGCGGAAUGAGAUUAUUAAAUCCUCAUUCCUGACUUUUGGUUAGUUGCUGUUAGUAAUCUGUUUCCAUCUCUACAUUCUUGAGAAUGUACGAUAUGAAACAGAUUAAUAGCAAAUUUGCAUCCUCGGUCUUGAUCUGUGUUUGUAUUUUAUUUUAUUGUACUAUUUUGACAUAGAGCAACAUCAUUUAGAGCACUCCUAAUGAGCUCACCAAAUUUUGCUAUUUCCCUCAAAAUACCAUCUGCAACGAGCUCGGUAGUGCUACAAUGUUUUAGCCUCUUGUCAGAUACACUUGUCUGGUCUGCCAAGCCUCAAUGUUUCGCCAAUUCUUUUCUCAACCCAUUUGAUAUUCCCGUCCUCUCUUUCACGCGCUGUCUCUCCCUCCCGUGCUCUUUCUCACUUACUUCAAUCAAAGAAAGAUCAAAGCUUGCUUUUUGCCCCCUGAACUGCAUGACCCUGAUCCUCCUCCUGAAUCGUUGGAGUGGUUGUAUCCUUGUCUGUGGACAGUUUGAGGUGCUUCUCUUGGUGUGGAGGUGACAAUCGUUGGACCUCAUCUAGAAAAUACUAUUUGCUGGUUCUUUUCAUUUUGGGAUAAGAUGUGUAGAGCAUGUGUCACAAUUGUGGUGUAGAAUUAUUGAAGUUGGAGGAAAAGAGCCGACAGAAGAAUGGGAAUUGUUUAAAAUUUGAUACUGGAGAUCCCAUUUGGUCUUGUAAAUUUUGUGGGGUUAAGCAGCAGGGAGAAUCUAUAAAACGGGAUGGUUCGAGUCAAUAUACAACACCGAUGAUCAGUCCAACUACUUCAUUAUCAAGCAGUGAUAUCUUUGGAUCUAAUUGCAAUAAGAAGCUGGAGGCCGCACCACGUGUAUAUUAAGAGUGGCUUUAUUUUCUCACUAUGCAUCGAUUUGAUUUCUGUUUGUUUUCUCACUAUAUAUUCAUCUUCUUCCCCACAAAUUGACCUUUGUCUUAUAUUGUUUCCUUCAAAUGAUGUAAAUCUCAUUCCAAAUUAGGAGGUGAUUGGGAUUUCGAUUUCAUUCCAUGUGGAUUACAUAAUCAACAGGGUAUAUUAUAAAGAACAUAUGAUUAAUACAA